CUAUAUGUCAAAUUUAUGACAUGAAGCCGAGCGAGAGUCGAGUUAUUGUUAAAAUUUCAUGAAUUAGACUAUUUUUACAGUAAAUUUAGAUAUUAAAGCAUUAUAAUACCAAGUGUAGUAGUUAGCAAGCGCUAUCAAAAUGGGUCGCCGAUCAAUAAAUACCACGAAAAGUGGAAAAUACAUGAAUCCAACAGAUCAAGCAAGAAAGGAGGCAAGAAAGAAAGAACUCAAAAAGAACAAACGACAAAGGCAAAUGGUUAGAGCAGCUGUAUUGAAAAUGAAAGAUCCUAACCAAAUAUUAGAAGAACUGCAGAAAAUAGACGAAAUGGAGUUUAAUGUAUUGCAACCAUCACCCCUCAAUGAAAAGGUGUUGAAGGAAAAGAGAAAGAAACUGAAAGAGACAUUUGAUAGAGUCCUCAAGAUGUAUGACAAAGACGAGCCGGAGAAGUGGGUGGACCUGAAGCGUCAAGAGAUGGAGUACGAGAAGCGGCGGGCACAUCUAAUGUCCUACUACGAGUCGGUGAAGCAUGCACAGUCUGUGCAAGUGGAUGAUAUUCCACUGCCUGCUAUACAGAUCCCAGAGAAUCUGAUCUACGCCAACAUGCCGUCGCACGCGAUCCCGCUGCCGACCGACCCCGAGGCGCCCGUCAAACCCAUACUGAAGAAAGACUCUGCUUACAAAGAGCGUCCCGCGGGCGUGGAGCCCCCCGGCGUGCCGCCCGGGCCGCCGCCCGACCUGGUGGACGUGCUGUGUGCUCAUGCCAAGAUCUCCAUACACCUGCCCGUCAAGAAGACCAUCCGGUUUACUGCCCCUGACGAGGUCGUCGUGCCGCAAACUGAAGCUAGUGCCCAAGCCAUCCCCGAGCCCCCAGAGAACCUCGACGGCGAGGCGAUGGACCACGACGGCGCUGGCGAUACCCCCGCCGCGCCCGCGCCCAAGCCCACCUCGCUGCAGCAACGGAUGCUCGCGCUCAGUGGACAGAACAUUGACGACUUCAUGAAGGAAAUGGAAGAGGUUCAUAAGAAGCGGGAGCGGGACCGCGCGGCUGAUCUUAAUGCCAGACUAACAGCACUAAAGCGCCGCGGCCGCCGCGACAGUGACUCGGAGAGCUCGGGCGGCGAGGCGGAGCCGGAGCCCGUGCCCCCCGGCACGUGCGCCCCCGGCACCGUGCCCCCAGUCGCCGUGCCCCCAGUGAACGUGCCCCCGCCGCUCGCCGCCGGCCUGCCGCCCGCGCACCCCGUGCCGCCGACCAUGCAUAUCAUGCUGCCGGCUGGUAUGCGCCCCCCGCCGCUGCGCGCCAUGCCGCCGCCGCUGCUGGUGGGGGCGCGCGCGCUGCGCCCGCCCGGCCCGCCGCCGCGCCCGCCCGGACCGCCGCCCAGGCCACCAGGUCCGCCGCCGGGCGCGCCGCGGCUGCUGCGGCCGCCGCCGCCGCCCAAGCACCUGCCGCCCUCCGUGCUGACCGCCGCGCCCAUACUGCUGCCCAAGAAGGAUGGACCACAAGGAGCAACGAUAAGCGCGAAGCCUCAAAUCAGGAAUCUCUCAGCGGACGUGACCAGAUUUGUCCCCUCAGCGUUGCGAGUCAAGAGAGAAGACAACAAGAAGAUCAAGUCUACAGUCAAACAUGGGCCUCUGCACCGACCAGAAAUGCCCAAACAAGCACCCACGAAAGACGAUGCGUAUAUGCAGUUCAUGAGAGAAAUGGAAGGCCUUUUAUAGACACAAUGCAUUUAGAGUUAAGUCUAGUGCUGUCUUGUUAGUUGUAAAUCAUAGCUCUAUGAAUAAAGUUAAGUAUUGUGAAUA